AUGAAGACGUACGAGGCGCGGAGCCGCAUCGGCCUCAAGCUCAAGAUCAAGCAGGAGGCCGGGCUGAGCAAGACCCCCCGAGCCACCCCCGGCACCCCCACAGAGACCCCGGGGGGGGAAACCCACGGGGGUGACGACGACGGCGACGACGACGGGGCUGGAGCGGCACCGGCAGCACCAACAACACCAACAACACCAACAACACCAACAACACCAACAACACCAACAGCACCACCCUGGGGGCUUCUCCGAGGACGAGGAGGACGAGGAGGACGCAGGAGGAGGGGGGGGGAUGAUGCUGAUGAUGAUGAAGGGUGCGCAGGAGGAGGACGGGAGGAGGACGAGGAGGAGGAGGAGGAGGAGGAGGAGCCGCCCUGGGAGCCGCUGGGCCCGUCGGUGUCGUCGCCGCCGUCGCCCAAACGGCGCAAGGAGGAGCGGGAGGAGGAGGAGGAGGAGGAGGAAGAAGAGGAAGAGGAGGAAGAGGAGGAGGAGGAUGAGGAGGAGGAAGGGCGGGUGGACAAGGCGAGCUUCUCGAGCAGCGACAGCCCCCGCGACGACGCCCUGAGCGAGCACCUGCAGAGCGCCAUCGACAGCAUCCUCAACCUGCAGCAGCCCCCCAGGACCCCCCCAGGGCCCUGUGCCGGCGCCCACCCGCACCCCCAGCACCCCCCA